UUCCCCGUUGUGCCUUUACCCCGUCAACCGUGCCCUCCAGCCGCUCUGCUCUGCGGGGGAGACUGAGGCAAAGGAGACAAAGACGAUGAGAGACUUGCUCCCUGGGACUGGCUCCUGGCUCCCCAGUUGGGCUCAGUGCAGCCUUGGCCAGACCUGGGGCAGCGGCUGCCGGGGAAGCUGCAGAGAGGAGUGGCCCUGCCCUGGAAGAAUGUGGCUCUACCGAGGGGGCAGAACCUGACAGUCUCCCCGCGGGUUGAGCAGCCCAGCCCAGCCUGGGCACUCUCCCCACUGGUGUCGCACCCUGAGCUGGAACAGCUGGAGGCCCUGAUCCAUCUGCCCACCGGGGCCCUGGGGCCUGGGCUUGGACAUGCCUAAGCUGGAGGAGCCCAGGCCUCGGCCUCCGCCCUCGGGUCUCGCGGGUCUCCUGUUCCUGGCACUGUGCAGUCGGACUCUCAGUAAUGAGAUUCUGGGCCUGAAGCUGCCUGGCGAGCCUCCGCUGACCGCCAACACCGUGUGCUUGACGCUGUCAGGCCUGAGCAAGCGGCAGCUGGGCCUGUGUCUGCGCAGCCCCGACGUGACGGCCUCGGCACUGCAGGGCCUGCAGAUCGCGGUGCACGAGUGUCAGCACCAGUUACACGACCAGCGCUGGAACUGCUCGGCCCUGGAGGGCGGCGGCCGCCUGCCGCACCACAGUGCCAUCCUCAAGCGGGGUUUCCGCGAGAGCGCCUUCUCCUUCUCCAUGCUGGCUGCGGGCGUCAUGCAUGCGGUGGCCACGGCCUGCAGCCUGGGCAAGCUGGUGAGCUGCGGGUGCGGCUGGAAGGGCAGCGGCGAGCAGGAUCGGCUGCGGGCCAAGCUGCUGCAGCUGCAGACACUGUCCCGGGGCAAAAGCUUCCCCCACUCCCUGCCCAGCCCUGGGCCUGGCUCAGGCCCCAGCCCUGGUCCCCAGGACACUUGGGAGUGGGGGGGCUGUAACCACGACAUGGACUUUGGAGAGAAGUUCUCUCGAGAUUUCUUGGAUUCCAGAGAAGGUCCUCGGGACAUCCAAGCUCGGAUGCGAAUCCACAACAACAGAGUGGGGCGCCAGGUGGUAACGGAAAACCUGAAGCGGAAAUGUAAGUGCCACGGCACAUCUGGCAGCUGCCAGUUCAAGACCUGCUGGAGGGCGGCCCCUGAGUUCCGGGCAGUGGGGGCAGCACUGAAGGAGCGGCUGGGCCGGGCCAUCUUCAUUGACACCCAUAACCGCAACUCCGGAGCCUUCCAACCCCGCCUGAGACCCCGGCGCCUCUCGGGAGAGCUGGUCUACUUUGAAAAGUCUCCAGACUUCUGCGAGCGGGACCCUACUGUUGGCUCUCCGGGCACAAGGGGUCGGGCCUGCAACAAGACCAGCCGCCUGCUGGACAGCUGUGGCAGCCUGUGCUGUGGCCGUGGGCACAACGUGCUCCGGCAGACACGCGUGGAGCGUUGUCACUGCCGCUUCCACUGGUGCUGCUAUGUGUUGUGUGAUGAGUGCAAGGUCACAGAGUGGGUCAACGUCUGUAAGUGAGGGUCGGUCUCCCGGUGGCCUGGGGAGAUGGAGGGUCCCAACUCCAGCCAAAAUUUUGUUCCAAUUUCUGUCUUCAGGGGCCAGUCUUGUCACCUAGAGCCUCUAAAUGUCCCACUUGGAAAUAGCUUUGCAGGUGGCAGAGAUCAGCUGGGUGCUGUGGGGUGCGGCCCCCUCCCCCAACAUGGGGAGUCUGGUGGGGGAGGCUGUCACCCCGCUUUUGCUCCUUAGACACCUGAAGGGAUGAAGGUAAAGUACACUGUAUUGCUUCCCAUCCUCUGUCCCUGGGAUCCCUUUAACUUUGGUGUAGAGUCUUCUGGCUGUGGCAUCCCUAUUGUCUGACCACGCCUCUCCUUUAAGGAGUAGUCCCAGAUUGCAGGUGUGGGGAAGCCCAAAGGCCUGUGCACAGAAAGAGACUACGUUCUUGCUUGCUGUUUCUCAUCUCACUCCUCUGCUAUAGCCUAGGCCCCUAGGGGCUGAGGAGAGGGUGACAGAGGAAUUUUCCUUGGAAAAGGACUAGAGUGCUGCUGGGGGUGGAGGUGCAAUGAAAGCUUUCCCCACAUCUUCUGUCCAGGCCUUUUGGAAAACUAGCUCCGCCUGUGUCUGUCUAGAGGUCAAAGGACACACCCUCCAUAGGAAGGAAGAGUUUCACCCAAGACUCUCUGUCUCUUUGUCUUUCUUCAGCAAGAGGGAUGGGAACGGAUAAUUUAUUGUACUGAGACUCGUUCUUGGUUGCUGUUUGGAACUAAAAUAAAUUAAGUUACUGGAACGGUG